UUUGCCUCGCUGCGUUUAAGUGUUUACGUUUAUAUCAUAUUUGUUACUUGAUAUUUUUCGGAAAGAUUUGACGCGUAUUAUUUGUUAGUAAGUAGCGCAUAAUACGAAUAAUGGCGGAUCCAAUGGCAGAGCAGAAAUUUCAAAACAUGGUGCGAGAGUAUGUGGAUUUCUUAGAUGAUCAGGAAGAUCAGGGGAGGUAUACGGAUCUAGUUAAAACAAUGAUUGAUGAGAAAAAACAUCGACUUGUUGUGAACAUCAAUGAUUUAAGAAAGAAACGUCCAAGCAGAGCGGUGAGUUUGCUAAACAACGCCUUUGAGGAACAAUCGGCCUUCCAAUCCGCAUUGAAGCAGUACGUUGAAACAAUCGAUCCGACAUACUGUAAGAACCAUCCGGAUUUGUUCAUUGCGUUUGAGGGCAGCUUCGGUACCAAGCAUACGACCCCUCGAAGUUUGACAUCAAGAUUUCUUGGUAAUUUAGUGUGCGUUGAGGGUAUUGUUACGAAAUGCUCUUUGGUGAGACCCAAGGUUGUCAGAAGCGUUCAUUAUUGCCCAGCAACAAAAGUUGCUACCGAAAGACAGUACACAGAUCUUACUUCUUUUGAUCCAUUUCCAAGUGCCAAUGUUUAUCCAACUCAGGAUGAUGAUGGCAAUGCUCUGGAAACUGAGUACGGAUUAUCGAGUUACAAGGAUCAUCAGACCCUGUCAAUCCAGGAAAUGCCCGAGAAAGCACCAGCGGGACAGUUGCCUCGUAGUGUAGAUGUAAUCUGCGAUAAUGACUUAGUAGACUUAUGCAAGCCUGGAGACAGGGUCCAAGUGGUUGGAAACUACAGAUGUCUUCCUGGGAAACACGGAGGAUUUACAUCUGGAACAUUCAGGACUAUUCUUAUUGCGAACAACAUUUCUCAGUUGAAUAAGGAUGCCAAUCUCAAAAUAUCUCGAGCUGAUCUUACAAUGUGCAAAAAAAUGGCCAAGAAACAUCAUGUGAAUAACAUCUUUGAACUGUUAAGCAAAUCUUUAGCUCCAUCGAUACAUGGACAUGAAUACAUAAAGAAAGCUAUUCUAUGUCUAUUACUCGGUGGAGUUGAGAAAAUUUUACCCAAUGGAACAAGAUUGAGAGGAGAUAUUAACAUUCUCCUUAUCGGUGAUCCGUCUGUGGCUAAGUCUCAACUCUUGCGGUAUGUUUUGUGUACCGCUCCCCGAGCAGUUCCUACCACUGGUAGGGGCUCUUCAGGAGUUGGUCUCACAGCGGCUGUUACAACUGAUCAAGAGACAGGAGAAAGAAGGCUUGAGGCUGGUGCGAUGGUAUUAGCUGAUCGUGGCGUCGUUUGCAUUGACGAGUUUGAUAAAAUGUCUGAUAUGGACAGAACUGCCAUUCACGAAGUCAUGGAACAGGGAAGAGUUACCAUAGCUAAAGCUGGAAUACAUGCCAGUUUGAAUGCACGCUGCUCUGUUUUAGCUGCUGCUAAUCCUGUAUACGGUCGAUAUGACCAAUAUAAAACACCGAUGGAAAAUAUUGGAUUACAAGAUUCGUUGCUCUCUCGAUUUGAUCUUUUAUUUGUAAUGCUGGAUAUGAUUGAUUCCGAUCAAGACCACAUGAUAAGCGAUCAUGUUGUAAGGAUGCAUCGGUACAGAAAUCAUACAGAAAAAGAUGGGGAAGCUUUGCCAAUGGGAAGCAAUGUUGAUUUGCUCAGUACAAAGAAUCCAGAUACAGUAGGUGACGAGGAGGCAGAAACAUUGGUGUAUGAGAAAUAUGAUCCCCUAUUGCAUGGUUUAUCUCGUGCAAAAAGUGAUAAAAUACUCAGUGUUAAAUUCAUGAGAAAAUACAUCCACAUAGCGAAGUGUAUGAAACCAAAUCUUACGGAAGAAGCGAGCGAAGUGAUCGCAAAUGAGUAUUCCCGUCUAAGAUCAGAAGAUACUGUUGAGUCCGACGUUGCAAGGACACAACCCAUAACUGCUCGGGCUUUGGAAACUCUCAUUCGUCUUUCAACGGCACAUGCCAAAGCGAGACUCUCAAGAGAUGUUACUGUGGAUGACGCGUAUGCAGCAAUAGAGCUGGUUCAGUUUGCCUAUUUCAAGAAGGUACUAGAAAAGGAAAAGAAACGACGAAGAAAUGCAAGUGAAAAUGGCACGCAGAGUGCAGACGAAGAUGAUAGAAGUAAAAAGCGUUUAAGAAGAGAAAAGAAACAACCUGGAGAAGAUGGCUACGACGAGUACGAAUUCGAUAGUGAAGAUGAAACGCAUAUUGAUGAAGCUAUUCAAAGAACAACUCGUUCGCAAACUACAAGAGUUGAAUCUACUCCUCGAAAUGAUUCAAAUGUGACAACAACUUCUUUAACUGAAUCUACACAAGUUGAAGAAACGAGUUCUGCCACCAUUGACAAAAAUAGGUUGGAAAUUUUUCGAAAUGCUCUACAAAGAUUGUUCCGCGAAGAGCGUUCUCAAUCGCUUCCUUUGUCAAGGGUACACGAAUAUGUGAACAGUCAACAUUCCCCAGACUUUACAAAGGCCGAAGUUACUGCUGCUGUAACAGAGAUGACUGAUGCUAACCAAAUUAUGGUGGCGGAUAACAUAGUUUUUCUGAUCUAGGUAAAUGUUACACGGCUAUUAUUAUUAUUACUUUUUUUUUUUUUUGCAUCGUUUCACUGUAAUAAUUGAACAGAUCCAACUUCUUAUCCGGUUUAAAAUGAUUCAUGUAAGAAUAUUUUUGUAAUUUUCAUCCGUUAGAUAGUGUUUUUUAUACGAAAGUAAUAUGUCGAUUUAAAAUAAAAAAUAUAAAAACAGCAGCAGAAUUUAUUUACCUUAUAGAUGAGACAUUAAUUAUUCCAUUUUCCUAUUCGUUUUUAUAUUUUUCAUUUUGUGAUAAGUUAAUCUAUAACCGCAUGUGAAGAGUAUAGUAGAGAAGACGAUGUCAUUUCGGAAGGUUUGUUCACAUCGUUUGGCAGUAAAAAAACGGAUUGAAAAUUACAGUAACAUUGAUCAGCUCUAUGUAUAAUUUCAUAAUACAACACAUUGGCACAUGAACUAGGCAACAAUGAUCAACAUUUAUC